AUGGUGAGCCAGUAUUUCCGAUUUACAGCUGCAUCCCCUCAUAUCCACUUUCCAGGAUUCGGCGAGGACAUUGAUUGGGUUCCAUGGGAGGACGCAAUCGAAAAGGCUCUUGAUGAGAACAAACCUAUCUUCUUGUUAAUUCACAAGACAUGGUGUCAUGCUUGCAAAGCCUUGAAGAAAACCUUCCAACAAUCGAAUGCUCGCAAAGCAUUCAAAAAGUUGUCCGAGUAUUUCAUUAUGGUAAACACUGAAGAUGAUGAAGAGCCCUUCGAGGAGGAAUACCGGCCAGAUGGCAAAUACAUUCCACGACUUCUAUUUCUCGACAAAAACGGUGAUCUCUUGGAGCAGUUCAAGAACAAGAAAGCUGAAUACAAGAAUUAUGCCUAUUACUACUCAUCUCCAGCUGACAUCUUGAAUUCGAUGAAGGAUGUGCUACGAUUCUACGAAAUCGAGGUACUUUCAAGCUUGAGUCGUUUGUUGAAAACCAAGAUUUCAAGUGGAAUUUGUGCUGCUUAAUU